AUGGUUGGUCUAUCUGAUGUUCCAUGUGUGGGAAAAGCUCUGGACAGAGUAUCCGAGGCGACAGUUGAAGCAAUGUUCCAUGGAUUGCGUUACAUGUUUUGCUACAAGGAACUUGUUAACGUUCUUAAUUCUGAUAUAGAAAAAGUUAACAUUCAGGAGGAAAGGGUGUCCAGGAAAGCUGCUGCGGCAAGAGCUGAUGGUAAAACAGUUGAGGAUUAUGUAAUGAAGUGGCAGAAAGAGGUUGAAGAAAUCCAGGAGAGUGCCAGAGAGUUUUCUGGAAAAUAUAAAAACAGACAUUCAUGGAGGAGAGAUGUUUAUGGGGAGCUGUGGGAAAUACUAGUAAGUGAAGGUAGUUCUCCGGUUAUUGGCAUCUAUGGGAUGCCAGGAGUUGGCAAAACUCAAAUGGUGGAACGAAUAUGGGGAGAAGCAAAGGAGAAGAAGAUCUUUGACAAGAUCACACGAGCGGAUGUAGGCUUUCAGAAGUUGGAUGUGAUAAAAGUACAAAACCAGAUCGCAGGAUAUUUAAAUUGCCAUUUUGAAUCAAAAGAUAAUGUCGACCAUAGAGCUUCUCAGCUGAAACGUAGUUUAUUGAAUGGAGGCAAAAUCCUCAUCAUUUUAGAUGAUAUAUGGAGAGAAAUUCCUUUGGAUAUUAUUGGAAUUCCAUUUGGUCAUGGAAGUACUUCCACAGGUAGUAAGAUCAUCUUGACAGCUCGAGUGGAAGAGGCAUGUUUGCGUAACAAUUGCAGGCAUCCAGUCAAGAUUACACCCCUGACAACUGAUGAAGCGUGGGAUAUGUUCAAAUACACCAUUGGUUCUUCUCAGAUGGAAUCUCUGCAGGAUGAAGCCCUGGCGAAGGAAGUGUGUAAUCAAUGUGCAGGUAUACCACUCGUCAUUCAUGCGGUUGGUAAAGCACUACAAUUCAUGUCUGACAAUUCAUGGAAGGAUGCACUAUACCAACUUAAAAAUGGCCAUGUUGAAAAUAUUCCAGGAAUAGGUCCAGAAGUAUAUGAUUGUUUGAAAUCGAAUAUUGAUCCUCCCUCUGUAUUCAACUAA